AUUUUAAAAAUAUUACUUAAUUGGAUUUAUGCUCUAUUUAUUAUAUUUGUUUCUUUAUGACAAUUAGUAAACACCUGCUGGAAAUAAUUGUCGCAGUUAAAAGUGUAACAUGAAUUUUGCUUAACACGGUCAGUCUCCGACUUAUUGUCACCAAAGUAGUUAGACAAAAUACUCUAAAAAUAUAUUCCAUUAUAUAAAAUUUUCGUUAUGUUAGAAAAACAAGUGAUAGUUAUUUUAACAUUGUAUUUAUCAACAAUUUUUAUUAAAAAUUCUGUGAUAAGUGAAUGGAUAGAACUUCCUCAAUUUUCAGAUAAAAUGAAAAUCUAUCGUAAAUCUACUAUUAAAUUUGAUGUAAUGAAAGUUAACAACUUAUUGAAUAUUUCAAAAAAUUUAUUUUUCAAUGUAACGAAUCAUACUAACUGUGAUUCUGAAGGAAUUUAUGGUGAUAUACGAUUGAAACCGUCCAAAGUAUCAGUUCCAACCGAUUUUGACCAAUUAAAUGAUAGCGAUAGAUAUAAAAAUUAUGAAAAUUUGUCAAUACACAAGGAGACAUUAAAUACAAAUCAAAAUUUUUCGAAAAUUUCUGAAAACUAUACAAAUGAAUUAAAAAAUAAGCCUAUUGAUUCAUCCACUCAAUUAUAUAUUACAACAAAAUCUCCACUUUUCGAUUUCACGGAAGAAAAGACCAAAUCUAAUAAAAAGAAGCAAUCAUAUUCUUACUAUCUUUUGAAUUAUAUUCCAAUAAAUCAAUUGAAACGAGUUCAUAUAAUUUUAAUUGAGAAUCUGGGAAAAACUCAUAAAGAAAAACUGGAAUUUUUACAAUCGUUCAAAAACGACUUAUCGAAAACAAUUCGUUCGAUGAUUCCAGAAGUUAUUAAUCGAAAUGCUGAUUCCCGUGCUCGAAAAAAACGAGGUUCAAGUUGGGAUGAGCAUGACAGUCAUAUUGGUUUCCCAUCUCUUGAAGGAGCUCUCUUAGCUAUAUCGUUUUUAACAUUCGCAAUUUAUUUAAUCCGCCUAAUUAUGAUGCUGAUGAAGAAUUUUGGCAAUAAUACUACUGGUAGCACGAUACUUAUCAACAGAAAUAAGAGAUUCAUCACAGAAUUAACCGAAGAAGCCGCUAGAAUUCAUGGUUAUCUGCAUGAAUUUGACUCUCGUUUUCAAUCGAGAAGAGAUCGUUAAAAACAAUUUUUUUUAUUUGGACAAUUUCAU